AUGAAACCCCGCAUGCACUUCGAUGAUGUCGCCUGGGAAAAAAGCAGUGAUAUUGUCGACAAUUGGAAAUAUGUACUGUAUGCUCAGGAUGCAUGGAGCAAAAUUGGAAACUUCCUUUCGAGACAGAAUAAGCCCCGCAAAGAUAAUGACUUCUUUCCCUUCAAGAAGGACGCUUUCAAUACCAACCUAUUGAUGACAUUCACCGACGACAGCGGUGCGAUUAUGCGGUUCCCUUCACCUGGCGCGGUUAUGUUUCCAGAAGUGAAAGUCCGGAAUGAAGUCGCCAUCAUGAAAUUUAUCUUGGAUCAAACUCCCAGUAAAAUUCCAAUCCCAGUGCCCUCUAUCUCUUGCUGGGGCCAACAACAUGAGAGUCCUGCGAAUAUGGGUCCAUUUAUCAUAGUGGAUUACAUUGAUCAUUGCGGAAAUAUGAGAGAUCCUCUUGAAUUUCCAGACGGCAAACCAGGAGAACGGCCAGUCCUGAAUCCAGACAUUAGUGCUCUUCGGCUAGAAUCUCUUUACAGCAAACUGGCUCAGAUAAUACUCUCACUAUCUACCCCCACGUUUGACCGGAUAGGUUCUAUAAAACUAGAUCAUGAUGAUGGUUCUACAUGGAAAGUCUCACAUCGACCUUUAUCCUAUUCCAUGAAUGAGAUUGUGCAACUGGGUACACUACCUCAAUCCAAAGUCCCGAAUAUCAUACAUCAUACUGCAUCAUCAUACUUCGAAACCUUAGCAGAACUACAUCUUGCUCACCUAAUCCAUCAAAGAAACGAUGCCAUAGAAUCAGAAGAAGAUUGUCGACGCAAGUUUAUAGCAAGAUAUCUCUUUCGCAAAAUUAUUCAAGAUCCGCGGUUAAAUUCACAAUGGAUAUUCCAUGAGGAAGGCCCAUUCCCACUUUGGUGCGAUGACUUUCGACCGGAGAAUGUUCUAAUCAAUAAAGAUGAGGAUAUUGCUGCGGUAAUUGAUUGGGAAUUUACAUAUACCGCCCCUGUCGGAUUUAUGCACGCGCCGCCCUGGUGGCUUCUUAUUGAAAAGCCAGAAUUUUGGCCUCGGGGUCUUGAUGAUUGGUGCUUGGAGUAUGACAAACGACUUCAGAAUUUUCUCAAUACGUUGGUUUGUUACGAAGAAGAGGCAAUUCGGACUGGUCGACUGGUAGAGAGUCAACGAAUUUCUGGUCAUAUGCGAGAUAGUUGGAAUAGCGGGGAUUUUUGGAUCAUGUAUGCUGCAAGGCAGAAUUUUGCCUUUGAUGCGAUAUAUUGGCAGAAGAUUGAUCAGCGAUUUUUUGGAGCGUCUGGGUGCCUUGAAGUCUGGGAUGUCUGGAGGGAGAGACUUGAUCUCUUAAGCUCGGAAGAAAAGAAGGACAUGGAGAAAUAUGUUGAUAUGAAGGUCAAGGAGAUGGAAACAAGGAUUCUUGCCUGGGAGCCAGGUCAAUACACCCUUGAACAUAUGGCAAAGAUGAACGUUUGA